CACAUCCGUAAUCCAUAGGUGUUCUGUGCAUUACUCCUCAUCAGGAAUGUUGGGGAAUGCAUUCUGGUUUUUAAUGUUCAAUGCUAGAAUGACCAAACUGAAAUAAUAUUCAUAUGGUAAUCUAAACUUUUUGAAGAAGUAGAAUUGCAUUACUGUAUACAGUGGAAAGCUAUUUAUUGUACCUCUGGGCUUAUUCCUCUAAAAAUCGUAGCGUAAAAAAAAAUCUUUGUCAAGCCUGAACUGAUGUAUAUAACUGAAAUAAUGUAAAGUUAUAUUUUCAUGUUUUUAUACUUAACAACAUGAUGGGAAUACAUAAUGUAUGAGUAUUUCAAUUACAGAUAAUAUUGAUUGGAUAAUACACAUCUCAGUUAAAAAGCAGUAAUCAUAGUUUAAUAUCCAUGUUACAGUACAUCAGUAUAUUGCUAUAUAAAGUAUGUCUGUGUGCAUUUAAGUGAAAAGUAGUCAAGAGUGAUGAAAGCUGUCCAAGGGUUUUUUAUUCAUUUUAUAUGAAAACUGUUAUGGAGCAACCAAAAUGUUUAUGAACUCAAACUUGUGUAAAUUUCAAAAUGUCCUUUACUGUAGCUUUUUGUUUACAGUACAGUAUCUUACUUUCUGCUUUGUUAAAUGAGUAACGGUACAAAGCUGGACAUACACUUUCUAAGACAUUAACGUUUCUGUUUUUUCAUGUAUACCUAUAUGACAGAAAAUGCUUCUGAUUUUAUUUUUCAAUCUAUCUAACACAUGAUGGCUUUUCUGGAGUGUUGUAUAAACUUCAAUCAUACAUAAAAAAUCUUCUUAAAAAAGGCAAAAGACCUUUAAUGUCUGUUUAGUAUUAUUGAAAUCUGGUUUCUUAUUUAUUAGAAAUGUAUUUUCCUAAGAUUUUACAUAGAGCAAACCUGUUUGUCCCCGCAGACAUGGAAUUUCCUUGAAGAGUUUUGCAAGGAGAAUAUAAAUCUUCCCCCAAGUCAUCUUGUCACUCAAAGGUAGAUUUACUGUAGUUUGCGGUAUCACUGAACAAAGUAAUGUAACUUUCUUGCCAACAAUAUAAUUGUGUUUCUGUAAUGUAACCUUCUUGAUCAUGGUUAAUAAUGGCAGUGUGAUAGGAUGAUAAUGCUAGUAGGUUAAGUAUCUAUUCAGUAACUCUACUUAAAAAUUGCCAGCUUGAAUCAGUAAUUUUUUUACUGCGACAGAUUGUUGAUGUGUCCAAAGCAGAGAAAGAACAUGAGAAAUGGCAAGUAUUUUAGAUCUAUAUUAGUGGUGUUGCUGCUGGAGAUCUAGUGCAACAAAGAGUUCGCUAUAAUACCAAACAAAUUCAGUUUAAAGAGGUUUGCAACGUGAAAAGUUUUUAUUAUGCAUUUUAACAGAGUGUGUCUCGGGUAUCGGCCUUGAUUUGGCUGAUAGAUGUGGACAAUAUCUUUACACAAACUACAGUGCACAAGUAAUUGUAUUUUAAAGUACAAAUACAUGAUUUCAGCUAUCAUUUGGUACAGUUAGUUAUAUUACUACAGUGGUCACCAGCAAAAUAGAAUCAGUAGCAGCUGUUCUGCAUGAUAUCCCUAGAGGCUACUCAGACCUGUUUCAUAAUACGGAAGUUUAUUGUUUAUUAAAUCUUUUCAUUUAUCCUGUCAUGGGAUCACAGAAAUUUGCUGUUGGGUCCAAAUUAUUGUAGGAAUUCUAUUAUAUCAACCACUUAGAAUAAAACUUAGCAAAUUA